GCGAUGAUCCCCAGGGAGCAGAGAGCCACGGCUCCUGUCUGCAACCUGCGGCUGCAUGACGCUCUCUGCCAGAGCCACUAGCAGGCUCAGAGGAUCGGCGGCCGGCCGCUUCACAGAGAUCCGGGGAUAUCCUGCAGCUCCUGGGAUGGGUCUGGGAUAAGUCACCUCUCCUUUGGAAAGGAACAGCAAACAUGAACUGGAGAGUGUGGACGAAACUCUGCUGUGGCCCAAGAUGGAUUGUUGUCCUUUCUCCUCUCCUCCUCCUAUUCCUCAUGAUCUUCGUGAUGGAGGUCACUUUGCCCCUCCCUGUGCCGCCCGCUGAUGUCGACCGGCGGCCGUCCAAAGCUCUGAGUGCCAUGAGGAAGCUGAAACCCCGGGUAGUGGAGCUCGCAGCACUCAGCGGCUUCCAGCAGCCUGCUCCUCACAUCCACAGCAGGACCAGGAGACACAGCUCUGGGAAGGAGAUGUCCACACACUCAGCACUGCUAAAGCCUGUCGCAAACUCUGCAGGACCUGUUAAAGUCAGGAGUCACCCUGACGUCCAUAACAAGAAGCAAAGCAGCCAAGACAUGGCGGAUGUAUUCGCUCACUCUCAUCGUCCUGAUUUUACAGGGAACAACAUGGAGCUCCAGCGCAGAACUAAGCCGAGCAGCCACACUGCUGUGGUGAAGCACACGCUACACACACACACUCAUCUCAAAGGAAAUGUUUCCAAAUCAGACCACAAGUCUUCCGCAGCAGACACCAUUAAAAGCGUCCAAAGAGCAGUUCACAGACACACACACCAGGACGCAGUCAGACAGACGACUGACAGCCAGACCAGGGAGAAGCAAAACCAACGACACACAGCUUUGGAAAGACACGGAAAAGCUCCAAAGCACUCUGGGAAACCUGCCAGUGUGGGUAAGGAGGAAAUGCCCUCUAGUGAUCUGCGAGAGGAUCGUCAUUUAUCACGGGAUGACAGAGAGGCUGCAUCAGAAGUUGAAGCCACCGCUCAGCAGGGUGACAGGGACUGGUGUCAGGGCCUCCCAGAGUUGGACUUUUUAGACGCUGACCAAAGGAAGAUCAGGGUGGGUGGAGACCUGCAGCAUGUUCACUGGCUCAGCAGGGACGACAUAGAGAAGAUGGAGCUCCUGGCUGGUGGGGAAGUUGUCAGUAAGAGCCGGGUGCCGGCUCAUGGACAAGUCCUGCAGGUGGCUCUAGGUCUGCCUGCGCGUCACCAGAACAUCCCACCACUGAGGGAUUCACAGCAGCAUGGAGCUGGACACAGCGGCCUCUGCCAGCGGGGGCUGUGCUCCCUGGUCAAACGCCCUGACGACUGGUUUGAGGUGUUUGCUUUCCACCUGGACAGAAUCCUCGGACUCAACAGAAGCUUGCCGGCAGUUCUCAGAAGGUUCCACGAUCACAUUCUGCCCUACAGAUUCACUGACGGUGAGCCGAGGCCGGCGGUUUGGUGGGACCCGGACAUUCAGCAUCUGGAUGAUAAGGACAGCGACCAGAACUCAGUGCCUCUCAGCUGGGUCCAGUACCAGAAGCUGCUGCAGGCCCAGUGUGGGAACCAAACAAGUCUGAGCUCAGAGCCAUGUGUUGGGGUUCUGCAUGCAGAGUGGGGAAGACUGGCUCUGUUUGACUUCUUAUUACAGGUAAAUGACCGUCUGGACAGGAACUGCUGUGGGUUUACACCUGAUCCAGCAGAACUCUGUGUGGAGAACCGUCUGAACAUUAAGUGUGGCAACAGCAAGGAGCUGCAGCUGGUUCACAUCCUGGUGAGGAAGACGGAUCCUUCCAGACUUGUGUUCAUAGAUAAUGCUGGCAGACCAAAGCAAUCCAACAGCAACCUCAACUUUAGGCUGCUUGAGGGCAUUGAUGAGUUUCCAGAGAAAGCUGUGUCUGUGCUCCGCUCUGGCUGCCUGGAACAUCUGCUGCUGCGCUCCCUCUAUGUAGACAAGGAGUUCUGGGAAAGCCGUGGCGGGUACACCGCUCUCAGGCCGCUGGUCCGCCUGGUGGAGGAGAGGGGGCACUACCUCCUCCAGCACAUCAGAGACAAAAGGAUCCGUCUCAGGAGGGACCUGUGAUUCGGCUGGACCGAGCAAACUGGAAUAGGAAGUUGAACUCAUGUCCAUGAAUAUGACAGCAUUUCCUCAAUGUGACCAAAGGUUGACAACUGUGGAGAAAAACAAACCAAAUUCAGUUUGGCUUUAAGUCCAUCCAUCCAUCCAUCCAUCCAUCCAUCCAUCCAUCCA